GAUUUGUUUACGACCCACGACUCUGAUCGCUGCAGUCUGUUGAUUUAAAACACCUCGAAGCACGAGAAUUUAUUUCCCAGCACAAGAAGUAGCCCAAGAUCUUCAAAGAAAAGGAUGACCUGGGUGAACACCACUGCUUGCCAAUAUCAUUUGAUCUUCCAUUCCCAACAACUUUUUGUCCUUGCAUAGCUCAAUUGUUUCGCAAAGUGUAAAUUUUCAUCAGUACUUCUUCUGAUGGUUGUUGUAUCACAUAGGACGAUCAUCUCAAUUACCCCUUUCCUUGCACCACCACAUCAGGGAACCGCAGCAAUAUUGACCACAAGUAAGUAUCAUUAAACACGCUAAUAGUUGUACUGAUAUCCUGGUAGAGGAUCCGCGACAACAAGAUCUACUGCUAAAGUUAGUAGGCAAUAUGAAAACGUUAAAAAUAUCGUCCGACACCGCUUGAUCAUGACAGUCUAAAAAUUGAUGAACAUGAGACACUUAAGCGUGAUAAAAUAAUCAUUUGAAUACAUCAAGAGCUGCCUUUUCUAUAGCUGUCUAUCCAAAAUCGGCAGAGUCGAAAGAGUUAUCAACUGUAAAAAUGUCUGGGUCUGGAAGAAUCCAAUUUGUCAUGCUGGUUUUGGAUUGUAAAAAAAUCUGUAUUGCAUGAGCAGCAAGAAAGAGAGUCCAAGUUUUGCUGCUCUGAAAGAGCAUUUGUCAUGCGGUAUAGGCAUCAGGUAGCCCUCACAAAAUCUGUGAUGCUAGGGCAUGCAUCACAGACGUCAGGGGUCAUGCAAAACAUGCAUGACAAACCUGGCAAUCUUCCAUACCCAGACAUUUUUACAUUUGAUAAGAGUCGAAUCGCAACCAUGCACGCGGCCAAGCAGGACCGGGCCCGGGCGACCAUAUCCUGAGUAAAAACCUACCCACACCAGAGUCAGGAUGGGGAUUUCGCAACACAAACCUAGGAGUUUUGUGAGUCACGCAUGACAAGUUGCACUCUGCAGUGAUGUAGUGCAGGCUAGCAAGUGCAGCCGCAUCGCAGAUUCGUCUGCUCAUCCUGUUCACAGCAUCACAAAUUCCAAAACACGAUUGGAAAUGGCUCUCAUGCGGAUGCGCAUUACAAGUCUUCCUGUCUUUGCAAAUCUGCAUUACAACUCUGGUGUGGGUACGUUUUUACUCAGGAUAGACCAACGCCGCGGGUUACUCGGACUUUGAUCACCGCGGGGAUUGGUAUUGUGAGGAAAAAUCCCCCCUCCCCAUAUCAAAAGGAGAUUUCUGAUGCGCGAUUUGUGUACACAAAUCUACCUGUAUUGCUGGAAGGUGAAGAGCCACACCCCCGGCCUAUCUUUAGGCACUUUGUCAUGCUGUCCCGGGCAAUGCACUUGGUUCCUGUCAUGCUGAAGAUGCAAGGCUUACCCGCGCCAGCCAGCACUACAAUCCGCAACAUCCCUUCCCUUCUAGCACGACAACGUGAUUUGUGACGACAAAUCAUGCUACACAAAUUCGACUUUGAGUAUGGGGGGGAUUUUUCAGUGUGAUAAUUGGAAACCCGGCCCGAUGUACGCGGUGGACCCGCAGAAGCAGACGAAGGACAGUAUCACAAUGAAAAACGCCCCCAACCCCGAACUUAGGAGCAUUUCUAUUGCAAACCUUUCCAACAGAAACAUUCGCCCUCUUGCAUGUAGCAGCAUCACAGAUUUCCAAUCGUGAAGAGCGAAAAGCUGUAUUGCAACAGAUGCCAGCAAGAGCGGCGCUUGUCAUGCAAGCAAUGCUAUAUACGCCUAGACUCUGCAUCACACAGAUUCAUAUUCCUUUCACGCAUAGAUAAAAAGUUCUUCAUUUGAAAACCUUAUGCAUCACAAACUAUUGCAGCUUUGGGGGUGGGGGCAUUUUUAACGGUAAUAGACAGCUCCUUCGGGGUGCACCAGCUUCCGCAGGUAGAUCGCAUUGACUGGAUGUAUAUCAAGUGUAAAAAUGUCUGGGUCUGGGAGCUUGUGAUGCUGGGUAGCGUCUCACGAUGAGGCUACAAAUGCUGGCUCAGCAUGACAAGUUUCUGCAUCCUAGGUGUUGCCUAUUCUGCAUGACAAACUGCGCUUCUGCAUCACAGAAAAACGCAGCUCUUGGGUAACAUGCAUGACAGAUUUAAGAGUCAUGCCAGACAAGCAUGACAAACAUGAAUUCUUCCAGACCCAGACAUUUUUGCACUUGAUAAUGUACGAGGGGGCGGUUGAGCUGACCGAGAAGGAGCAGGAUGAAAAGAUGAAUGAGGAUGCCGAGGCAGCCUUGAAAAAUAACACGGCAGCCGCGGUCGACACCACAGGGAAAGGGUAUUAUUAGUGCAGCUAGAGAGUAGAAGUUCUUGUUGGAUUUGUAUGUUUAAUUCAUCUGCAACUACGUUUUCUGUAUGUGGUAAUCCCAAAAUUUCGAGGCGUCUAACUUGCAUAAGAAUUCAAAUUAUCGUGUACCGAAUGAGCAGUAGUAUACUCGAAGAAACUUCCCUCAUAUAAUUACAGUGCCCUCUUUUUGCAGCGCAACACCGGCGCGGACUUGCUGAAGAAAGUGCACGAGGACCCGAUGUUCAAGAUCAAAGAGGAAGAAAUUCGGCGGCAAAAGAUCAUCGACGCGAACCCGCUAAUCCAAGCGCGGCUCGCCGCGAAGCGCGAGCAGGAGCAGGAGGAAGACCUUGCUGCGGAGGCGCGGAAGCGGUACGAGCAGGCUAAGAAAAAGGAAAUCGCAGAACUCGCUAAAAACACGAAGAAGGGCCGAAAGAAGGAGAAGAAGCGAUUGAAAAAGGAAAAGAAAAAGGAGAAGAAGCGAUUGAAAAAGGAAAAGAAGAUGAAAAAAGCAAAAAAGAAAAAAGGGAAAAAAAAGGGUCGCUCCACUUCAGCUACCUCCAGCAGUAGUGAAGACGAAGAUUCUUCAGGAAGCAGUAGUAGUAGCUCCGAUAGCAGCGCCGGCUCUAUUCCCGAGACCGGUUUGAAAAAUGCCAAGAAGAGGAAAGAGGAAGAGGCUCCUGCCCGAGGACGCGGGAAGUCGCCCGAAAGGGGUGGAGUAGACCAGCAGAGGAAAGAGCAAAAAACGUCCUCCUCGCCCCCGCGCGAACGUGGCGAAAGAGGCCGUGGCGGCGCGGCGCACAGGAAAAGCUACUCCCGGUCGAGGUCCAGGCGGAGGUCGAGGUCAAGGCGUGACAGCCGUGGGCGGAGAAAUCCUCGGCGAGAGGAGCGAGACCACCACGGCAAGCAGCAUUAUGACGACAGAGGACGAGGACCCCGACCCCAACGCGGGGACUCACGCAACCGACGGCGGAUGCACGACGACCCGGUCGGAAAAACGAAUUACAGUGCGGAUCACCAUGAUCAUCGCGCCACGUACGAUCAUCGCAGAGGGACGACAUCAGCGGGUGGACUUAGGUCUGCUCGUGAAGACCUCCACCAGAACAACAACUACCCGGCGGCUACUUCUACUUCCGCUCCUGACGAUGCGCUGCGACGGAAGCACGCGGACCUGUUCGGCGGGGGCCAGCAGAGGGCGGGUGGGAAGUUGAACGCGUUUGAAGAGCGGCAGCAGCGCGAGCAGGAACGAAACAACCGGAAUUACGCGGGCAACACCGCGAACCAGCUGUCCGCAGAGGAAAAGCAAAGACGGUUGAAUGAGAUGAUGAACGCGGGGGAUCAGUACGAGAAGAACAAGAAGAAGCAGCUGCAGGGAAUGGAGGAGCUCGAACAGAAAAAGCAGAGACUCGAGGACCUGGAACGCCAAAAGAUGCACGACCAGGUCGAGCAGGGCGAGUUGGACCAGCGAAAAAUGGGCUUCGUCGGCCGCCUCGCGCAAAACGCUAUGAAUGGCAAAAGUAUUGUAUCCGAUAUUACUGGUAGUAAUCGCAAUUUGCAUGACAAGUGUUCGGGUUCUGAGGUAGUUGUAAGUGAGUACAUCAGCAUGACAAACUCUAUAUUUUCAUCGACUAAGCGACACAAUAAAGUUGUAAAUGCAAUUACUGCAAGCAGGAUUCUGAUACUUUUGCGAUGCAUAACCGCGUUUCUGGAGCAAGACCGGG